GGCGAAAAUGCGAUGGGCGUUUUCACUCAUGUUCGCUGGGCAUCUGAAGUCAGCUGGCAGUCAUAAAAAACAACAAUUUAAGCAAAACAACACAUAAAAAAUACAAAAAAACAUGAAAUGGACCCACAAAAAAUAACAAAAUUGGCCAAAUUACUGAAGAGCGAGGGGGACAAAGUGCUAAACAACGAAUAUAAAUUAACGCUUUCAGGAACACUUUUGCGUGCCCUGAAUGACUCCUUCACGCUAAUCAUUGACACGGCAUCCGACGAGAGUCCCUUUGGGUUUCGCGUCAUUCGCCCGUCGGAUGCCAAAUCUGACGUUUUUCGUGACUUGCAGUUUAUUUAUGACUUUGUGCAGAAAACGGUGACGCUCAGCAUCACGGGUCGCUAUGCGGAUGACGAAAAGUUUGAAGGUCAAAUUGACAUCUCGAAAUUUGUUAAUCUCAAGACGAUCGAAUUGCAAAAAGUCUCGGCGAAAAAAGUCGUUGGCUUGCAGCAAUUUCGGGCGCAUUUGGUGCAGCUAAUUUGCAUACGUGGUUUAAGCGAAGGGAUACGGGAGUUGCUUGUGGAAUGCGGCGGCGAUGCUACAGCGACGGGAUUUUUGUGGAAUGACCUGAAAACGGCGGAUUUUUCGUAUAAUAAUCUAAAAGUGCUCGAUCAUUCGUUCGAAUAUACGCCAUAUCUGGAGACACUGAACUUGAGUCACAACCAAUUAGUGGAUAUUGCACCGAUUCGAUGUUUGCCAAAUCUAAAAAAUGUAAAUUUAAGCUAUAAUCGACUUACGAGGAUACCAAUUUUUCAUCCAGACGUCUAUCGAAAGCUUCAAACGUUGUCCAUUGUUGCGAAUUACAUCGAAGACAUCCUCGAAGUCACCAAUUUGGAUGCUCUGAUGGUGCUUGACCUCUCGUGCAACUGCCUAAUCGAACAUGGAAAGUUAAUUCCCUUAACCGCGUUAGUUGCCCUGCAAGAAUUGAACCUUUCGGAGAACCCGCUUUCGUGUCAUCCGAAGCAUCGACAGGCAACGGCGCGAUAUUUGCACAAAAAUACGUCAACUGUGAAAUUUUGUUUGGAUGGCGAGCCCUUGUCUGCCACGGAAAAAGGCUUAACGGGCGUUUACGAGCAUUAUUGUCCCAUUUUGCGCUCGAAACCGUCGGAAAGUAACAUGAUUCGUGUCAAUCUCUUCGGCAGGAACAUGUAUGGCGGAGAUACCCCUGUUGGAAGUGUAAAAUCAACUUCAUCCAGUUUUGGGGGCUUGGAAGGUAAAUUUAACGAUAGCAUUCCCGAAGACCUUUCAGCAUCGAUGAUUUCGCAACAGCGAAGGGUUAAAGUACGGGAAGCAAAAAUCGCAAGUGAACCGUCGCCGUCACUCGAAAAGGAUCAGAGACGCAGUUUGGAGGGAAAUACGGAGCAUCUCGAAACGAAAAAGCAAAUGGAAACGUUGAGGGAGCAAUUUGGGAGUCAAUGGUUGCAAAAUACGAGUGGGGAGAUAAUUAAAACUGUCGUUGGGUUCGAGUCGAAGGGACAAGCGGAGAAAAAUAAGGCGUUUAUUGACAGUUUAUUGCAAGCGGAGAUGACGUCGUCGCAGCUAUCGACAGACAUGAAUUUUAGGACAUCGACGCCGAAUGACGACGAAACUUUGGUGAAUAAUGAUCAAUCGACGGGCGGAGAAACGGGAAUUGAAACGGACUAUCAAAGCGUUUCGGGGAAUGAAACGAGGUCGGAUUAUAAAUCGGUGUUGGAAAGCACGUUGGAGCAAGAAACAACGAUUAAUGCUUCGAUUUCGGAGCCAGAUCCUGAACCAGAAGUAACAAUUUCUGACCCUGAAGACGACGAAGUCACGUACAUCGUUGUGAACGAACAAACCGAAGAAGAAAUAUUUUUGGUAAUUUCCGAGCGAAAUAUUCGUGAACGCGACACUUUAUCAGGAGGAACGUUCACCAAAUGGAGUCUAAAGAGCUUGUUGAGUUGCGAAAGGGUCAAAAGUGACGUCAUUUCCUUACAGUUUGACACUGUAAAAAAGAAUAAAAAACUAAGAAAUUAUCGUUUGGACAAAAGUUCGUGUGAAAAAUUGGUUCAUUUGCUGCGAAAACAUCUCGAACAACGUCCCCUGAACGAAAUGAACCAAAAAUUGUAUCGUUGUGCGGUUUGUAUUGCCCAAUUCUCGAGGGAGGAUAAGAUGACGAAUAAAGAAAUAUUUUGCCCUGAAUGUAAGAGCAGCUAUGUGAUUGAAAUAACGGAGGCACCUAACAAAUACAGUCCUCAGCUAACGCUGAAAGAAAAACCAUCAAAAUCUGGCGACGAGGCCGAUCAACCGACAAUAAAAGACGAAGCAGCUGAAUUUAAAUUACCGAAAAGCGAUUCUCGAAGCAGCAUGGCACUGUCAAGGGAUUCCGCAGUAAAAGCAAAGAAAUUAAUACCAUCUGGCGACUCAUCAUCAUGCUCGAAAAUUUCCAAAUCCGAAAGUUCGUUCGACUCGAAUCGCAGUAUCGCGGGCAGUGGUCCCUCUGAUCGUGACAUGGACUUUCAAGGCAACGAUUCCGACAUCGAAGUGCUCAGCAAUCCGAGUCAAAGUAGCAUCGAAGUGCUCGACAGCUUGCACUCGAGUCGGAAACAUUCCGAGGAAAGGCGAAAUUUGCCAUUUUCAGAGUUGGAAAUGCCGCAAGGGCUCGACACAAUUUACAGUUUGGGCUCGAAAGAGCGGGAAACGCAAGAAAACGGCAAGGAAAGUGUCGUCAAGAGUGAGGCAACUACCCAAACGGCUGUGUUACCAAAUAAAAAUUUACCAUUAUUGACGGAAAGCAGCUCAUCCGGUUCGGUAACUGAUAGCAUCUGUACUGCUUAUGAGCAAAAUCAAGAUGAGACAUUAACGAACAACGGCACGACGACGACGGAUGAAAAUUCAACAAUAAACAAUCAAAAUGUAUCCACGCCAUCCAAAAAUGAAGUGACAUCUGUGAUAGGAACGAUGUUCAAUGACUUCCUCAAGUCCAAUAAACUCCUAAAAGGCAAUAAAUCAAAAGAGACGGAGGUUUCGGCGGAGCUUACCGAACCUUAUGUCUUUUCGUAUACGGAUUUCAGUCAAGUGGAUCAUCGACUGAAACUAUAUUUGUUCCAAAACAUUUUCGAAGAUGACGGAGAGAUGUUGAUGUGGCUCACGAAGGCACGUGUGUUUGACGAAAGUACAGCGGAGGGAAAUUUGCAAGGAUUUGAUUGCUUAUUUGUCAUUUCUACGACGAAAUUUUAUAUUUUGAAGCAAACUCGAGCGGAAUGUGACGAUCCCUCGUUAUGGUUAAAAAGAUUCAUUUCGGGAACAAAUGAUCGAAUAAUAACAGCUCGGGUACUUCCCUUUAAAACGGGUAUCACUUUUACCAUUCGUGGCAUCGGAAAUGUGCAUCUAUUGUUGUUUGAUAUCAUGAGAACCGAUAGUUUAUUGUUGUUUUUCGCGACAGAAAACGCACUUCCCCAAACCUGUUCCAUCGAAUACCGCAUAUCAGAGGAUUUAAUGCAAAAAUUAAAUUCCAUCGCGAGUCAUCAAAAAGUCUACAUCCUCUCGUUUCUGAAGAAAUUUUCCGCUGACAAAGCAGAUCAGAAACUAAAUUCUGACAUUUGUGCAUUCGUUGUUAGUGAAUCGGGACUUUUUAUCUCCUCGAGCAAUUUAAAAUGGUUUUCGGCCAGCGAAACAACGAUUCAGGUCGAUUUCUCACAAUCGAUGAGCAAUUUAAUCGAAGUCCUUGACGUGGAUGCGCAAACGUUGCAAUUUAACUUUAUGGACGAGGCAACAGACGAACCUGUCGAAGAAACGUGGAGAUUGACAUUCGAAACGGAAAAUUCGAGUGAGAGUGCUUUCGAGACCGUGAGCCAAUGUUGGGAGAAAAUCUUCAGUGUGCCUUUAACGAAAAUCAGCAGUAAUAAUAACAGCAAAAAUUAGGUGUUUGUUGAAAUUUUGUUUCCUCACCGAAAAUUUUACAAAAAAAAUUUUUUGAACCAAUUUUUUUCGAUGUUGUUUGAAUUUUAACCAUUAUGUCAUUAUGUAAAUAUAGCGAAAAAUGAA